GCGACAGGCUGCUGAGGAGUGUGAGUUUGGUGAACAAUUUACCAUGUAUCCUACCCCUUCACCUGCGCACGUUAGGGAGGGCCGGCGUGACGGCCAGGUACGGAAGCCCAGAGGGUUCCGCCCACCGCCACGGGGCCCCGCCCCUCCGCCUCUCAACCCGUAGGUUGACCAGCCGGCGGCGUCGCCGGGCUCCUCCUUCUCCUUUCCGCCCCGCCGGCCGCGGGCGCGGGGGACGUCAGCGCUGCCAGCGUGGAAACAGCGGCGGGGCGCGGGAGGAGGAAGUAGCGCCCGGGACUGUCGGGCCAUCACCGGCCGCCUCAGCCAUGGACGCGUCCCUGGAGAAGAUAGCAGACCCCACGCUAGCUGAAAUGGGAAAAAACUUGAAGGAGGCAAUGAAGAUGUUGGAGGACAGUCAGAGAAGAACAGAAGAGGAAAAUGGAAAGAAGCUUGUGUCAGGGGAUAUUCCGGGGCCACUCCAGGGCAGUGGACAAGAUAUGGUGAGCAUCCUCCAGCUGGUUCAGAAUCUGAUGCAUGGAGAUGAAGAUGAGGAACCCCAGAGCCCCAGAAUCCAAAAUAUUGGAGAACAAGGUCAUAUGGCUUUGUUGGGACAUAGUCUGGGAGCUUAUAUUUCAACUCUGGACAAGGAGAAGCUGAGAAAACUUACAACUAGGAUACUUUCAGAUACCACCUUAUGGCUAUGCAGAAUUUUCAGAUAUGAAAAUGGCUGUGCUUAUUUCCACGAAGAGGAAAGAGAAGGACUUGCAAAGAUAUGCAGGCUUGCCAUUCAUUCUCGAUAUGAAGACUUCGUAGUGGAUGGGUUCAAUGUGUUAUAUAACAAAAAGCCUGUCAUAUAUCUUAGUGCUGCUGCUAGACCUGGCCUGGGCCAAUACCUUUGUAAUCAGCUCGGCUUGCCCUUCCCCUGCCUGUGCCGUGUACCCUGUAACACUAUGUUUGGAUCCCAGCAUCAGAUGGAUGUUGCCUUCCUGGAGAAACUGAUUAAAGAUGAUGUAGAACGAGGAAGACUGCCCCUGUUGCUUGUUGCAAAUGCGGGAACUGCAGCAGUAGGACACACAGACAAGAUCGGGCGAUUGAAGGAACUCUGUGAGCAGUAUGGCAUAUGGCUUCACGUGGAGGGCGUGAAUCUGGCAACACUGGCUCUAGGUUAUGUCUCCUCGUCCGUGCUGGCUGCAACCAAAUGUGAUAGCAUGACGAUGACUCCAGGUCCGUGGCUGGGUUUGCCAGCUGUUCCUGCGGUGACACUGUAUAAACACGAUGACCCCGCCUUGACUUUAGUUGCUGGUCUUACAUCAAAUAAGCCCGCAGACAAACUCCGUGCCCUGCCUCUGUGGUUGUCUUUACAAUACUUGGGACUUGAUGGGAUUGUGGAGAGGAUCAAGCAUGCCUGUCAACUGAGUCAACGGUUGCAGGAAAGUUUGAAGAAAGUGAACUACAUCAAGAUCUUGGUAGAAGAUGAGCUCAGCUCCCCAGUGGUGGUAUUCAGAUUUUUCCAGGAAUUACCAGGCUCAGAUCCGGUGUUUAAAGCUGUCCCAGUGCCCAACAUGACACCUUCAGCAGUUGGCCGGGAGAGGCAUUCGUGUGAUGCGCUGAAUCGCUGGCUAGGAGAACAGCUGAAGCAGCUGGUGCCUGCGAGCGGCCUCACAGUCAUGGAUCUAGAAGCUGACGGCACAUGUCUGCGGUUCAGCCCUUUGAUGACAGCAGCAGAAACAGGGUCUCACUUGUCACCCAGGCUGGAAUUCAGUGUCUUGACCAUAGCUCAUUGCAACCUUGACCUCUGGGGCCCAAACAAUCCUCCUACCUCAGCUUCCCAAGGAGCUGGGACUACAGUUUUAGGAACUCGGGGAGAGGAUGUGGAUCAGCUUGUAGCCUGCAUACAAAGCAAGCUGCCAGUGCUGAGCUGCACGCUCCAGUUGCGCGAAGAGUUCAAGCAGGAGGUGGAAGGAACGGCAGGUCUCCUAUAUGUUGAUGACCCUAACUGGCCUGGAAUAGGGGUUGUCAGGUAUGAACAUGCUAAUGAUGAUAAGAGCACUUUGAAAUCAGAUCCUGAAGGGGAAAAAAUCCAUGCUGGACUCCUGAAAAAGUUAAAUGAACUGGAAUCUGACCUAACAUUUAAAAUAGGCCCUGAGUAUAAGAGCAUGAAGAGCUGCCUGUACGUGGGCAUGGCGAGUGACGACACUGACGUUGCGGAGCUGGUGGAGACCAUUGUGGCCACAGCCCGGGAGAUAGAGGAGAACUCGAGGCUUCUGGAAAACAUGACAGAAGUGGUUAGGAAAGGCAUUCAGGAAGCACAGGUCGAGCUGCAGAAGGCAAAUGAGGAACGGCUUCUGGAAGAGGGGGUAUUGCGGCAGAUCCCCGUCGUGGGCUCCGUGCUGAAUUGGUUUUCUCCAGUCCAGGCUUUGCAGAAGGGAAGAACUUUUAACUUGACAGCAGGCUCUCUGGAGUCCACAGAACCCAUAUAUGUCUACAAAGCACAAGGCGCAGGAGUCACGCCGCCUCCGACCCCCUUGGGCACUCAUACCAAGCAGAGGCUUCCAGGCCAGAAGCCUUUUAAAAGGUCCACGCGAGGUUCAGAUGCUUUGAGUGAGACCAGCUCAGUCAGUCACAUUGAAGACUUAGAAAAGGUGGAGCACCUGUCUGGCGGGCUGGAGCAGAUGACCCUCGAGGCCAGCAGCACUGAGGGACACUCAGGGGCUCCCAGCCCUCGGCACACUGACCAGACCGAGGCCGUCAAGAAGGGGGCCCUACGCCCAGAAGUUGACCAUCCACAGGUAAAGCUUACAGAAGUUAAGCUACUUGCCCAAGGUCUCACAGCAGAUGUUCAGAGGAGCUGGGAUCUGAACCCAAGCCUGUCCCAUCCUGUCAGCAGUGGUUUGCUGAAUUAGAUUUAACCGAACAUAUGACCAAGCCUCCAACCCACAAAGCUGCACACUACUUACCAAUGCCAUAUAUUAUUGGAAAGUGGUUUUCGUUUUCUUCCCGGUCAUUUAAUUCUACAAAAUAAAAAUGUUUAAGAUACACUUUUUAAACAAAUACCAAACAAUUAUUUUUAUUUUGUAUGAUAAAGGCCAAGGAGAAACCCCUUACUGCAGAAAGGGAGGAAAAUCCCAGAAAAUGAAAGGGACUGUGACCCUGUUUCCCUGUCCUGCCCCAAGGCGGGUGGGUUUAUAUUGAACAAACUGGCAAAUACAGAAUAGGUCCCUAAUCCCACUCCACCUCCAUGCACACCCUCUGCCACACAGGUGGCAGCUGUGAGAUCCAGUGCCCUCCCUGGGAGACGAAGUACAUGAGGGGGCUGCAUUGGAACUGACACUGCACAGCAUGGCGACAGCCAUCCCACCACAGCAAGAGCUGGAACAGACGCCGGCCAAGCAGUGACAGCAGUGUGUGCCUGUGCUUGGUCCCGCUGCAAGGCUGGGGGCAAAAUGGUCCUGAAAUGCACAGCUUCGCUUUGGGACAAAUAGCAGAACUUACCUGUCACACAUAAUGUCACUAAGUGAAUGUCAUCUUCUUGCCUGUCAAAUUCACCUAUGAUGAAAAUUUUAAGACUGGAUAUCAGAAAAGUUCCUCUAGUUACCAGAACAAAAAGCUGAACAAGCCAAGGACAGGGAGGGACAGCAGCCAGCUGAGUGCGCUCUGCCCCACACCCCCGUGCCCACGCCCAAGCAGCCACAGCCCAGCCUCUGGGGCCGGACCCGAGGGAGCUGACGUUGCAGAACCCUGACCACCACAAGACGGCCACAUUCAGCCUCAGGCUCCAAGGAGCUGGGGCUAAGCCUUCCCAUUUUUCUCAUCGUUCUGAGAGUUUUCCAGGGACCCAUCAAUUCAUAAGAUUUUUACUUUUCACCUAAGUAACCUGUUUUCAUGAUUAUUGGAGUUGUAAACAAAAAUCUGGCCUCUGUAACAGAUUUGAAAAGUACAGGAGAACAUAAGUAAGUCAGUUUUCAACAUCUAUAAUCCUAGCACUGUUAAUACUUAAUUUUCUUCCAUAUUUUUUUGUGCUCAGCAGAGCUGACCACAGAGACAAUGUUAUAUCCUUUUGUUUUGUUUUGUUUGAGAUGGAGUUUCGCUGUUGUUACUCAGACUGGAGUGCAAUGGCAAGCAAUUCUCCUGCCUCAGCCUCCCGAGGAGCUGGGACUACAGGCACACACCACCACACCCAGCUAAUUUUUGUAUUUUUUUUAGUAGAGAGGUUUCACCUUGUUGACCAAGAUGGUCUCGAUCUCUUAACCUCAUGAUCCACCCACCUCAGCUUCCCAAAGUGCUGGGAUUAUAGGCGUGAGCCACCGCGCCCGGCCCCCUUUUUUUUAAAAAAAAAAAACAUGGAUUCUCACUCUCUUGCCCAGGCUGGAGUGCAGUGGCGCCAUCUCGGCUCACCGCAAUCUCUGCCUCACGGGUUCAAGCGAUUCUCCUGCCUCAGCCUUCCAAGUAAUUGGGAUUACAGGCGUGUGCCACCAUGCCUAACUUUUCUAUUUUUAGUAGAGACAGGGUUUCAUCAUGUUGGCCAGGCUGGUCUCAAACUCGUGGCCUACAGUGAUCCACCCACUUUUGCCUCCCAAAGUGCUGGGAUUACAGGCAUGAGCCACCAAGCCCAGCUGACAAUUUUACAUCCUGAUUUCUUGUGCAUAGGUAUUUUCCCAUGUAAUUCACACCUUCAUGUGUGUUAUUUUUUAGUGACUACAUAAUUACUGUUCUGAUAACAUCAGAUUUCCUGUUGUAAAUAAUGUUCUGCUCAUCUUCAGGCAUAAAUCUCUAUGCACGUUUCAGAUUAUUAGCAUAUAUUUCCACAAGGGGAAUUACUGAGUCAAAGUAUAUGAACUUUUUAUUUUUUUAAGAUGGAGUCUCGCCUCUGUCAUCCAGGCUGGAGUGCAGUGGUGCCAUCUCGGCUCACUGCAACCUCUGCUUCCUGGGUUCAAGCGAUUCUCCUGCCUCAGCCUCCCGAGUAGCUGGGAUUACAGGCAUGCACCACCAUACCCAGCUAAUUUUUGUAUUCACACCCAGCUAAUUUUUGUAUUUUCAGUAGAGAGAGGGUUUCACUAUGUUGGCCAGGCUGGUCUUGAACUCCUGACGUUAGGUGAUUCACCUGCCUUGGCCUCCCAAAGUGCUGGGAUUAUGGCCACUGCACCCAGCCAGGUAUAAACCUUUUUUAAGAGUUAAGUCAGCCAGUUGUGGUUGCUCAUGCCUGUAAUCCCAGCACUUUGGGAGGCCAAGGCAGGUGGAUCACCUAAGGUCAGAAGUUCAAAACCUGCCUGGCCAACAUAGUGAAACCCUAUCUCUACUGUAUAUAAAAAAAAAUUAGGUGUGGUGGCCUGUGCUUAUAAUCCCAGCCACUCAGGAGGCUGAGGCAGAAGAACUGCUUUAACCUGGGAGGCGGAGGUUACAGUGAACUGAGACUGAGCCACUGUACUCUAGCCUGAGUGACAGAGUGCGACUCUGUCUCGGGCAGGGGGGUGGGGUGGGGAGGAGAGAGUUAAGUCAUGAUGCCAAAUUGCUUUCUGGAUAGGCUGUUCCACUGUAUGAGUAAGCCUACCUCAUGGUCUGGUGGUUAGUCAACACAAAACAAUAUCAACUUUAUUUUUUGAAAAUAUUUGCUAAUUUAGGCAGGGUGCAGUGACUCAUGCCUGUAAUCCCAGUACUUUGGGACCUGAGGCAGGAGGAUCACCUGAGGUCAGGAGUUCAAGACCAGCCUGGCCAAGAUGGUGAAACCCCGUCUCUACUAAAAAUACAAAAAUAGGCCGGGCAUGGUGGCACAAACCUGUAAUCCCAGCACUUUGGGAGGCUGAGGCAGGCAGAUCACAAGGUCAGGUGAUCGAGAGUAUCCUGGCUAACAGUGAAACCCUGUCUUCUCUACUAAAAGUACAAGAAAAUUCAUCAGGCAUAGUGGCACGUGCCUGUAGUCCCAGCUACUCGAAAGGCUGAGGCAGGAAAAUCGCUUGAACCCAAGAGGUGGAGGUUGCUGUGAGCUGAGAUCGUGCCACUGUACUCCAGCCUGGGCAACAGAGCGAGACUUUGUCUCAAAAUAUAUAUAUAUAUAUAUAUAUAAAAGUUAGCCAGGCAUGGUGAGCACCAGUAAUCCCACCUACUUGGGAGGCUGAGGCAGGAGAACUGCUUGAACUUGGGAGGCGGAGGUUACAGUGAGCCGAGAUCACGUCACUGCACUCCAGUGUGGGCGACAGAUCAAGACUCUGUCUCAAAAAAAAAUUGCUAAUAGGGAAAAAUGGUAUCAGUAUUUUAAUUUUCUGCAGAUUAAAAUGGACAUUUUUGCUAGAAGGGAGGGUGGUUCUGUUUUCAAACAGUUCAGAGCACUUAUGAUUUUGGAAUGUGUCCACUGCUAUUUUAGUAGAAAAUCUUGUCCCUUUACCCCCAACAAAUGAGCACCAUGCUAUUCCAUCUGUGAAAUUCCAAGCUGGGCCAGUCUGUUUCUCUGUGCUGCUCCAAAUGGGUGUGUCCUCUAAGGUUUAGAACCAGUUGGGAUUUUGAACCCAAGCAAAAACAGGUACAAAUUUGUGUCCAAUAUUGGAGGAAAAAAAACUGAACUUACUAAGAAGUUGAUGAGUCAGUUUUUGUGACAACUGCCUGUCGUCGUUGAAGCCUCCCACGAGGUGCACUUCCAGCCUGGCAAAGAGAUGGGACAGGGGUCAGAGCGCGUGGGGUGGUCUCACUUUGAACUUUCACUCUCAGCUUCUGUGAGCCCUUGUUCUACAGCAGGGCUUCCAGGCUGUCUGCGUGCCACUGCAAGAGAAGGUAUCUGCAGCAUGCUACCAAGGCCAAUAGGAAGUUUCCGGGGACCCUGCCCGAGGCCCCGAUGACUGAAGGGAUCCGUAUCUAAACACAAACGUGAUGCCACCUCCAUGCAGCAAUGAGGAGCUCCGCUCUAGAAGAGUACGAGCACAGGACAGGUGUGGUGGCUCACACCUUUAAUUUAGCACUUUCGGAGGCUGAUGUGGGCGGAUCACUUGGGGUAAGAGUUUGAAACUAGCCUGGCCAAUGUGGUGAAACCCUGACGCUACUAAAAAUACAAAAAAAAUUCAGGCGGCAUGUGCCUAUAAUCCCAGAUACUCAGAAGAAUCACUUGGACCUGGGAGGUAGAGGUUGCAGUGAGCUGAGAUCUCACCACUGCACUCACUACUGCCUGGGCGACAGAGAUUCUGUCUCAAAAAAGAAAGAAGAGGCUGGCCACGUCACUUACCUGCCCAAAGCAGGACACUGUCAAAACCUACCUCUCAGUGUCCUGCCCAGGAGCAAGUACGGUAAGACAAUGGGAGGGGCCUGCUGUUAAGUAGACAUUUCACAGGUGCCGUCUCCUCUAACAUCCACCAUAUCUUAGUGAGAGGGGGAUUAUCAGCUCCAUUUUACAGAGAUACAUGUUUACCAACCACUACACCUGAUUUUCCUAAAUUGUGUUUCCCACUAGCCUCAUGAGAUGGGGAAAUAGUGUUUAUGAAGUUAAAACAAAAGUUUGGGGCCAGGUAUGGUGGCUCAUGCCUAUAAGCCUAGCAUUUUAGGAGGCCAAGGCAGGCGGAUCACUUAAAGUCAGGAGUUUGAGACCAGCCAGGCCAAGAUGGUAAAACCUCAUCCCUACUAAAACUACAAAAAGUAGGCUUGGUGCAGUAGCUCACGCCUGUAACCUCAGCAGUUUGGGAGGCUGAGACAGGUGGAUCACAAGGUCAGGAGUUUGACACCACCCUGGCCAAACCCCAUCUCUACUAAAAAUACAAAAAUUAGCCAGGCAUGGUGGUGCAUACCUGUAAUCCUAGCUACUCGGGUGGCUGAGGCAGGAGAAUUAAUUGAACCCGGGAGGUGGGAGGUUGCAGUAGGCCAAUAUUGUGCCAUUGCACUUCAGCUCUGGGCCACAGAGCAAGACUCCUUCCGGGGGAGGAGGAAUUAGCUGGACAGGUGAUGGGUACCUGUAAUCCCAGCUACUUGGGAAGCUAAGGCAGAAGAAUCACUUGCACCGCAGAGGUUGCAGUGAGUCAAGAAUGCAUCACUGCACUCCAGCCUGGGCAACAGAGCCAACACUCUGUCUCCCCCCACCCAAAAAAAAAAGGUUGGGGUGGCUCUGAGAAAAAAAUUCGGAAAAAAAAAAAACAAGACGGGGCCAUCUUGCCUGUUGGUAGUCCUCCUUAGAAGAGUCCCACUGCCAUUAGCACAGUGAAGUUCUGAUACGUCCCGUGAUUGAAAACACUCCAACUAUGUCUGUGGAGCCCAGUGUUUCCCACUCUCAUCAUCUACUAACCCCCUUUCCACAGCCCCUGUCAACCGGGGGAAUUCAUGCUUGGCAAAGUGCUGCCAGACUUCACACUGCCUUCUGGGACAAAAAAAUCUUCCUAAGGGAUGAACCAGGACCAUGCAUGUACCCAAUAUAGGUUACAGCCUCAAGUGGCCUCAUGAUAAACUCCCAAGUAGUAAAGAGAGCUGGACCAUCAUGCUCUGCUAGCAACAGGGUCACCAGGUUUGCCUCUGACUCCUGAAGCUAGCAUAGCUGUUCGACAGCAGACCAGGAAAAGGUGACAAGCAUGUUCUUUAGAACCAAGGAGUGGAGUGUGUGACAACAUAAUGGCAUUGAUUAUGUCCCGCUAUGGGGGCCAAGAUGAUAGGAAAAUGAAAAGGCCAUUUUGGGCCUGCAUGGGUCACAUGGCCAUGAAGCAAGCCCAGCUGUGGCAUGGACUGCGGAAGUGGCACUUAAGAAUCGAUCAGUACUGCACUAGCAAAACUCUCCCCGAGAACUCUUUUUCCUUUUUUGACUCUUGGGAUUCUAAGCUCUCGUAUAUGAUGGGCAUAGCUCACUCAAUGGCUGGUUGAGACUUCAAAUAAAAUGAGAGCAACGCUUGCCACGUCUACACAAUGACAGAGAAAACAGAGGGGACAGGUGUGUGAACAUGAGUCUGGACAGCGGGCCUGUGUCCUCGGCCUCCACUUAGCUAGCUGCAUGCUCCAGCAUGCUGAGCCUCAGCGCCUGCCUCUGUCAAAUGGAGGCAGCGGAUACUUUACUGUGAGAAGAGAGGAUGAGGUGCUGUGGGACAGCCAGGCUGACGGCUGCUUCUUAACCAGCCAUCCAUGGGGAAACUACCAACUUGCUGGAAUUUUAAAACACCCCCCUCAGCUGGAAGGAUCACUUGAGCCCAAGAGUUUGAGACCAGACUGGGCAAAAUGGCAAAACCCUGUCUCUAUAAAAAAUACAAAACAUUAGCCGGGCAUGGUGGCACACACCUGUGGUCUCAGCUAGUUGGGAGGCUGAGAUGGGACAAUCACCGGAGCCUGGGAAGUCAAGGCAGCAGUGAGCUGAGAUCGCACAACUGCGUUCCAGUCAGGGUGACUGAGACCCUAUCUCAACAACAACAAAAAAGAGAAUAACAAAACACAUGCCUUACCCCCUAGCGGUCCCCACAUCUCCCUGGCCUUGUUUUCUCCACAGCCUGCCUCACCCCUGAACACCCUGUCUUGUGUACUGUCUCUCAGCUUAAGAAUCCGAACACCUUGGGGCAGGCUUUGUGUCUACUCUGUUCACGGCUAUGUCCCUGGAAACUACAAGGUGUAGGUGAGAGGAAGCAAUUAACAAGUAAAUACUGGGGGAACAACUGCAUGAAGAGCUACCACACCCGCGGUGAAAACCUCAAACUCAACAUUCCCAAAAGGACGUCAAGUUCAAAGUCCAGCCUUCCAUCUCAAAUCCAGCAUGGACUCCUUGCCUGUGCCCGGCAUCCACUCAUCCACUCAACCACUGCUGACACAGCGCCCAUGCCAUGCUAAGUUCUGCUCCAGCGGAAAGAGACAGACACCGCAGUGAUGGCAUCCUGUGUUGCCGUAACAGCUUCCGUGGCUACAUCCUCUAAGGGUUCAGAUACCCCAAUUCACCUAUUAGAGCAGCAUCGAUCUCACCUUCCACAUUGAGCGUGGUCGGAAAAGGAUUUUAUGGAGUUCAUGAUCAAGGGGACCUCAGCUUUGGUGUCGGUUCCAUCACAAUGUGUCAAGCAGGUGGCCCCAUUACCUGAAGAACAAGGGUGAAAGGACUCAAGUUAUUCCCGGUGCGAGCGCAGUAGCAGGCCGAGACUCUACUCCUGUCCCUUCGGACCGCCUCGUCUCUGAACAUCCUGUAGGGAAAAAACAGAAAGGGCUGUGCUGCCCAGCCAACCCAUUCUGACCAGGACACCAGGGAGACACCAUGCAGACCAGAAAAAACGUAAGCAGAGUCCGUUUCCAACAAGACACCAGGAAACUCAACUCGAGAAAUUCAAUGGUCCCAAAGGUUGGGCCACUUUAAGUAACGGUUUCCUUCACCUCUCUCAUCAUACCUGUGUGCCUCAGGACCACAAUGUGACAAGUAGUGGCAUCAUCAGAACCCAGAAUGGAGAUGGAGCCUGUUUAAAAAAGAAAUAAAAUAAAAUAUCCAAUUGCCUUUUGGGAUAACGCCCAAUUCACUGCUUCCUAACCUACCAUCCUUUGGGGAGGUCACUGCAAGCUCUCUUUGCUGAACAUACAGAAGGCCCUGGGGUCCCACUUGUUGAACAGACUGACCUCUGAGAAGUCUGGCUCUUUCCUGUUUAAUUAAAAAAAAAAAUAAAAUAGUGAUGUAAAUUAGUGAGGAUGGAAAAACUGAAGAUGUGGAGAGAGCCGAAGCGGGCUCUGCGUGGGCGGCACACUAGUGUGCUGGGAGUGUGUUAGUGACAGAGAGGCUCAAAGAAAAACGCAGCAGCCACAGUCAUUGGGAACAAUGCGGAGAAAAUGAUGAGGUUCUGGGCGGUGGUUUUGUAACCUAUGAAAUCAGAUGUUAUAGUAACCUAUUAAAUGAGAUGCAAAAAUCCUUUAUUACUUUUUUUUUUUUUUAAAGAGACAUGUUGCCCAGGCUGGUCUUGGACUCAUGGGCUCAAGCAAUCCUCCUGCCUUGGCCUCACCAAGUGCUGGAAUGACAGGCGUGAGCCACCACAUGGGCUAUCACAGUUCUUUACUAAAGAGUGUGAGACUCUUAACAAUUUGAUAGUUGGCCGGGCGCAGUGGCUCAUGCCUGUAAUCCCAGCACUUUGGGAGGCUGAGGUGGGUGGAUCACGAGGUCAAGAGAUUGAGACCAUCCUGGCCAACAUGGUGAAAUCCCAUCUAUACUAAAAAUACAAAAAUUAGCCGGGCGUGCUGGCACGCACCUGUGGUCCCAGCUACUCAGGAGGCUGAGGCGGAAGAAUUGCUUGAACCCAGGAGGUGGAGGUUGCAUUGAGCUGAGAUUACACCACUGCACUCCAGCCUGGCAACAGAGCAAGACUCCAUCUCAAAAAACAAACAAACAAAAAACAAUUUUACAGUUGUAAAGAGAAUGAGAUUACCUAGGAAUAGAGAUAGAGGGUGGGUGACUCUGAAACCACAUCCACUAUUUUUUGAGACAGUCUGUCAUCCAAGCUGGGGUGUAGUGAUGCGACUUCAACUCACUGCAGCCUCCACCUCCCAGGCUCAAGCAAUCCCCCCACCUCAGCCUCCCAAGUAGCUGGGACCACAGGCAUGCACCACCACACCUAGCUGAUUUUUAUACUUUUUUUAGCGACAGGGUCUCCCUGUGCUGCUCAGGAUGGUCUAAAACUCCUGGGCUCAAGCGAUCCACCUGCCCCGGCCUCCCAAAGUGCUGGGAAUACAGGCGCACACCACCACAUCCAGCUGAUUUUUAUACUUUUUGUAGAGAUGGGACCUCCCUAUGCUGCCCAGGCUGGUCUCAAACUCCUGGACUCAAGUGAUCCACCUGUCUCAGCCUCCCACAGUGCUGGGAUUACAGGCGUGAGACACCGUGACCAGCCUCCUCUUUACCUUCUUUAAAGACCAAGAGGAGUUAAAAACUUUCUUAUUCCCUAACCUAGUUAUUUCACUUCUGGAAAUCUGUCCUAAGGAAAUAAUUCAAGAUGUGUUCAUCCCUGUGUAAUUCGUUUUGUUUUAUUUUUUGAGACAGAGUCUCUCUCUGUCGCUCUGUUGCCCAGGCUGCAGUGCAGUGGUGUGAUCUUGGCUCCCGAUAGCCUCCACCUCCCAGGUUCAAGCAAUUCUCAUGCCUUAGCCUCUCCAGUAGCUGGGAUUACAGGCAUGCACCGCCAUGCCCAGCUUUUUAAAGUAGAAACCAGGUUUCACCAUGUUGGCCAGGCUGGUCUCAAACUCGCAGCCUCAAGUGAUCCAUCUGCCUUGGCCUCCUAAGGUGCUAGGACUGUAGCAUGAGCCAUGGUGCCUGGCCCCCUGUGUCAUUUGUAAUGGCAAAAAGCUGGGAGCAGGAAUGGAAAAGGUAAGUAGAUAUGCACAGAACCAAGUCACAGCCACUAACUGCAGAGUCAUGAGAAAUGAAAACUAUAGAAAAAAUAGUUUUGAAAUGCUAACUGAAGAGCAAGAUACGAAAGUAUAAAAAAUGUUUUAAAUAGCUAUAAUGUGCUGUUAAUACAACAACGAUUAAAUUCUUAUACCCACAGAGAAAAAUACUGGAAGCAAAUUUCACCAAUACAACCAGGGCUAUGCCAGAGCAAACACGAGUUAAUAUUUACUGGUGCUGUUGUCUUUUCUCUCUUCUCUAAAUGUUCUAUCCUAUAGUUAUUAUCAGAAUACAAAAACAAAAUGGGUAAGACAAAUUUAUGAAAGAUGUGUUAAUACGAAGUGUCAAUCUAAUUGAAUAUUUGUACAAACUCAAGCCUGUAAAAAAAAAUUUUACAAGACCUCAGGUGGUUUUAAUGAAAACAAACUUUGUCAAAAGCAUUACAUUGAUAGAACACUACAGUGUAUCUUAAUUUUCUUAUUACUUGCAACAAAUAAACUCCUUGAUAAACAAA